CGGAGAUGUUGCCCCGCCCCGCCGUCUGCACGGUUGUUAGUGAACACGGAACUGCUGUUUACACUGCGCUCCAUCUCUGCAGACUGAAAGGGGAAAGACGCACUCUGAAACACCGACGACAUUAUCAUUUUGGACUGACUGGCGUUUGUCACUAAUGAUGUUCCGCUUGCGGGCAUUGUCCGCAGUUUCGGUGGGGCUAGCGCAGUUGUCCCGGCGCUACCACACUGGAGCAGUGCGAGGGUCUGGCCGGAGGAGGCUGAUGCUGGCAGCCCUGGCUGGGGUAACUGGUGUGUCUGCUAGUGCUGGGCUGCUCUGGAAAAGAGCAUAUGCAGAUGCGGGGCCAUCCGUUCGCCACUCUGAGCAACCAGGCGAAGAGGGACCUGAUUUUGUGAGGGAUACAGAUUCUGAUUCAGAGUCAGAGAAAUCGGUGGAGGCCAGCAGUGGAGACGAAGAAGCAAAGGAUGAAGGUGGUGAGGGGAAAAAAAAGAAGCCACGAUCUGGAUUCCGCGACCGCAAGGUGAUGGAGUAUGAGAACCGGAUAAGAGCCUACUCAACCCCAGACAAGAUUUUCCGCUACUUUGCCACUCUGAAGGUUGUCGGCGAGCACGGAGAUACUGAGGUCUACAUGACGCCCCAGGACUUCAUACGCUCCAUCACACCUAACGAGAAGCAGCCUGAGAGUCUAGGCCUGGAUCAGUUCAUUGUGAAGCGUUAUGACGGAAAGGACUUCUGGCAGACGGAGAAGAUCGCCCAGGAGAGGGAGAAGUUUGCAGAUGAGGACAGCAUUUUUUACACACUGGGGGAAUGUGGCCUUAUCUCUUUUUCUGACUACAUCUUCCUCACCACUGUGCUGUCCACUCCCCAGAGGAACUUCGAGAUCGCUUUCAAGAUGUUUGAUCUGAAUGGUGAUGGAGAGGUGGAUCUGGAGGAGUUUGACCAGGUCCAGAGCAUCAUUCGUUCCCAAACCAGCAUGGGCAUGCGCCAUCGCGACCGCUCCACCACAGGAAACACCCUGAAGACAGCCGGCUGCAGCUCUGCUCUCACAACCUACUUCUUUGGUGAAGACCUGAAGGGCAAACUCACCAUAGGCAGCUUUCUGGAGUUUCAGAGGAAACUGCAGCAUGAUGUGCUCAAACUAGAGUUCGAGAGGAACGAUCCUGUGAACGGCAGAAUCACGGAGAGACAGUUUGGGGGAAUGCUGCUGGCCUAUAGUGGCGUCCAGUCUCGUAAACUCAAGCAGAUGCAGAAGGGCUUGAAGAAGAUGUUUAAGGAUGCACAGGGCAUCACAUUUGAGGAGGUGGAGAAUUUCUUUACUUUCCUGAAGAACGUGAAUGACGUUGACACAGCCCUGAGUUUCUACCACAUGGCUGGAGCCUCCAUAGAUAAAGUGACCAUGAAGCAGGUGGCCCGAACCGUGGCCAAAGUGGAGCUGUCAGACCACGUGUGUGAUGUGGUGUUCGCUCUGUUCGACUGUGAUGGGAACGGAGAGCUUAGUAAUAAGGAGUUCAUAGCCAUUAUGAAGCAGCGGCUGAUGCGUGGAUUGGAGAAACCUAAGGACAUGGGCUUCACUCGGCUGGUGCGUGCCAUGUGGAAGUGCGCCCAGGAUACCGCCUGGGAUUUUGCCACACCGAAGACAUAAUAUAGACAGGAGGCAACGUGAGAGCGGGAGAGAAAGAAAGCGAGUGAAUGAAGCAACAACACCGGUAGCAUCAAAGGCCUUCUCCUUCAACAGGUCUCAAGAAAAAUUUAAAUAGACAAUUAAUGCAGUGAAAUCACUGGCACCGCAGCUCUGAUCAAUCAUUAACGCAUGUUGCUGUAACAUUGUGGCCGAAGCAUGCUGACACAGCGCAGUCUGUCCUGAAAUGUUACUCCAGUCUUGUCUGUCUUAAGUCAUCAUAGGUGUUUGUAUAUUUUAAAAUAUACAAAGUUUGUAUGUUUAUUUUUGCUAUAUUAUACAGAGGAUUGCAGUGUCAGCAGAUUAUUUAUUGAACGCUAAAGACAGAACUUUUGUGUCUGUAUUUAACACAUUCUGCUGCUAAAAGGCGAGACAAGUGGAAUCCAUCUUAUUUGACCUUCAGCUGUAUAAAUGCCGCAGUAUGUCUGUCCUGUACUGACAACAGACCCUUAGUUAUUUCUUUGGCGGGACAGAGAGCAGAAGUCUGUAAUCUUGUUAGCGCCUCCUCGUUCAGUCUGCUAGCUCCAGCUGCGUCUUUGCUCCUAUCAUUUUGUACCCAUAAAAGAUCAAUGAUGCUUGCCUUGCUCUGCAAUGUGUUUUUCAAAGUGUGUAUUCUUCUAAUUAUUAUUGCUCACUGCAACACUUUAUAUAAGAUAUAUGUUAGAAGAAAUGCACUAUUAAAGAUGUUUUUAAUAAUGUAAAA